CAGGCCCACCGUACGUCUCGGCGCAGGUGGGCUAUCAAUCGGCUUGCCUCCAGACUCUCGCCUGACAUGGAUACCCUCUUCAUUGACUACGAGGCACGGGUGCGCAUUUUGGAGGAGCUCGGUUUUCUGGAUAAGGAGAAGCGAAGCGGUUGUCUCACGCUUAAGGAAGAACUUGACAUGGGCGUCAGCACAGUGGCUGUUGAGAAUGGAGACAAAUAUACGCGCACCACACAGGUGCUGGUCAAUAGCCAUGCGCUAACAUGUCCUCUGUGA